AUGGAGCAGCUUCGAGCAGCUCGAACAGCUGGGCCUGCGCUUGCCACGGGCGCGGCCACUUCUUACUUUGGCACGAAGCUCGAAGCCGUUGAUGCCGCGCAGGUGCCCCACCCUCUCGUGGGCGAGCCGCGGAACGCGAAGGCCAGAGUGGCCGUCUUAAGUGCGCAGGUGCGCUCUCAGACCUCGGAGGCCGCCACGCAAGAGCACGCCGUCGACGAGCUCGACCAGAAGAUCGCGCGGCAGCGGGAAGCGCCGAGGGCGGCUCGGGAGAGCCACCGGAGGGGGCAGGCUUCGAAGCAGCAGUUGCAGGAGCAGAAGGAGCGCGAGAAAGGCGCGGCCCUCGCAUUGCGCGGGGGGCUGGUAGCCGCGGAGGCAGAGAAGACCGCAGUCCAAGCGCAGCAAACGAUCGCCGCCGCUGGCGCGGCGCAGCAGGCGCUGGCCAAGGACGUGGAGAGGGCCGGGCACCAGCGCAGGCGCCAGGACAUCAGGUUGCAGGAGAACGACCUUGCCGAGGCGAACGAGAGGAUGGCCGAGAUGUUGGGCGAGAAGGUCCUCUACGCGACGCGGCUCGCAGAGGCCGCGGCCCGGGUCCAUGAGCUGGAGUCGCAGGGCGACGAGGACGACGACGGCUCGAGCGCGAUGCAGAAGAAGAGGGUCCGCAAAGACAAGGCGCGGGGCGAUCUGGCGAGGGGGGACAUCAAGGGUAAGUUCAUCAAAUACGUCGAUGAUGCACCGAAGGAGUGGUCCAUCCAGUGCGCGCCGUGCGACAAGUGGCAUAAAAUGAAGCCUCGGGACCCAGCCCUGCACAUCGUGCACGUGGAGCGCCAUUGCAGGGGCCGCAGGAAAGUCGAGCCCGGGCAGCUUGGGCUGGCAAAGAUGGCUGGAUGGGUCCGCGCGAUGCGCCCGAGGGUUGACGAGGGGCUUGCCGUUGCCACGUUCCCGCCGGCGCCGCAGGGGCAGGUGGGCGUGCCCCGGUGCAGCGGCGUCGCGCCCUGGGCGUUGCUGGACGCGUUCAAAAUGGACUCCGACUGGCAGGGCGAGUUCGACGCCGCAUGCGGCAGGAUCGGGUCGCACCCCAAAGUCGAGCUCUGGAAGCUGCUCAUUGACACGUACUACCACUACUGCAAGGAUGGCAUUGCUGCGAAGCUCGUUCAGGACGGCGGCAUCCAUUGCCUACAGUGCUCCGCUGGGUGCGCUGAAGGCCGUCCGAGUCGGCGCCCGCUCGCGUCUCGCGCGCUCUCGGAUGGCGAGUUUUUCUCCCGGACGUGCCUGGUGCCGCGCGCGGCUGCCUGCAGGAAGUGCAUGGCGCUGGAGACGGUGGGUAAGACCAAAGUCAGCCGGGCGCUGGCGACCGUCAUUCACGCGCGCAUCAUCUUGGACUUCGCCACCGCGCGGGCGCAGGCCGACGCGCGCCAGAAGUUCAUCGAAUUCAAGAGUGAAGACGGCGGCCUGGUAGGUCUCAGCGUCACCCGGCCCGACCUGGACAUGCUGAAGAACGCCAUGAUCGCGAUAUUAUCGAACCAGGGGCAGAUUCGGUCGAAGGCCUUGGCGAACAUGAGGUGCGAGGAGGCUUGGCGCGAUCAUGCCGCGGCGAAGCACUUGAUGUCCAGAGCGGGGGUGAAUUUCACGAGGGCCAACUUGGCCGAGGGCGCCAUGCCCAACGAGUCUACUUGCCAGAAAGUGAGCGCAUCCUUGAUCAAACGCGUGAGCUACUUGGACUUACAGGAGGAGAACGCGCAGGCCACCGCGGACGACAUCAUGAAGGAGUUGGCUGGCCAGGGCAUCACGGUGGCAUCGCUCUGCGGCGACGAGGCGGCGCCCCUCGCGCUGCUCCGCUUCGGCGCCGCGCUCCAGAAGUGCAUCGGGUGCCCGGGUCGCUUCGCCCUGGUUGAGAAGGACAAGACCAGCGGCUUCAAGCAGGACAGCUUGGCGAAGAAGGUGAAGUUCAUGGCCGUCGUUGGCCGGGGCACCAUUCCGCUGCACGCCCUGCUUAUGCGCCCUGGCUUGGCCGAUGCUGGACAAGAGCAGGAGUUGAACGACCUGGCGCUGAGAUGCGCGCGCAGGGCUGCGGAGAAGCGCGACGUCGCGGUCAUCGGCUGCGUCUUCGACGGCAUCAGCAAGGAGACGCCGUGGGUCGUCGACAAGAUCUCGGCCUAUAUAGCAGCGGCGCCCGAGGAGCGCUCCCGCAUGAGCCUCGCGGGCCUCGACAUCAAGCACCAGGUGAAACGCGGCCGGAACGCGUGCGCAUGCGGCGCCACGCCGAGCCCAUCCGGUGGCUGGGUCGAUGUAAACAUCAAUUUGUUCGGCAUGGUCGGCGUCCGGUGGGAUUGCGUGAAGGUCAAGGACCCAUUUGCAGAUUCCCGCGUGGAGUUACUGCACCGCGGUUUGGCCGAUUUCCCGUCGUUGCUGAAGACCGGGAGGCGCGACGCGGGCGCGAUGAAGUUCGGCAAGCAGAUCAAGCGCUUGAAGGCCAUCAACGUCGUGGUGCCGGACCCGCCUAAGGAGGGCGGCGCGCCGGACAUCCGAGCGGACAUCGCGGCGGUCACGGAGGAGUUCGGGGACCAGAGCGGCCACCUCUCCGCAGUCGCGCGCCCGGCCGACUCCCGCUUCCACCACCUGCUCCAGCACGAGCUCCAGAAGGUGAACCGCUUCGCCUCGCUGCAGCUCCGGACGCUGCUGGACACCCUGCGGGAGGCCCACCGCCCGCUGCUCUUCCCGGAGGGCCAGGGCCCGAGCGAGGAGGCGCUGGCCGCGGCGGAGAAGCUGCUCGACAGGGCUGCCGAGGAGCUCGUGCAGCUCGAGCAGUUCCGCCGCGUCAAUUUCACCGGCUUCCGGAAGAUCGUGAAGAAGUUCGACAAGCGCCUCGAGCAGGUCGGCGCGGGAAGCACCAAGCUGGAGUUUUGGUUCGUGCUGCAGCUGCAGCGGGAGUUCUUCAUCGCCACGCCCCUUGACUCGCACCUGCUGUCGCUGGCCUGGGGCUACGCCUCCGUGCGGCGCUUCCGGCGUGGCGGCACGCCGUCGCAGCCUGCACCAGCGAGGAAAACGAGCACCACCAGCCUGGUGAAGCGCUUCGAGGUGGUGCUCCCGCCCCAGGACAGCCCCUUCAGCGCUCCGGAGGGGGCGGGCGAGACGACGCAGCAGCAGCAGCAGAAGUUGCUCAACUCGCUCACGCCCGACGGCGUGGGCAAGCAGAACAUAAACUCUGUGCCCCUGCCGCUGCUUCUUCUUCGGCGCGUCGUGCUCUCCGCCGAGACCACGCUGACCUACCUGGACGGGCCCGGCUUCCCCUGCUACGCGGCGCGCCUCGCCGGCGGCGGCCCCUCGCCCGCCGGCUUCCGCCUCCGCCGCUCCGCCAGCGAGGCCGUCGGCGCCGGGGGCCCCGCCGGCAGCGGCGAGCUGGUGGAGCGCGACGGGGCGGCGUCCGCGCUGGGCGUGCACGCGUUCACCCCGGUGGCCGCGUUCAGGUCCCCGGAUGCCUUCCGCCUCUACCCGCCGGCCUUGGAGGUGGCCGGCGACGACGUCAAGCAGCUGCGGAGGGCGGCCGCGGCGGUGAUGGCGGGCCCGGGCAUGCAGGAGGCCGCCUCGCUGGGGGACGAGGGCUGCAAGCAGCUCGAGGCCUUCGGGAGGGAGGUGAACUCCAUGCUCGACACCAUGGGCUCUGCCCAGGUGGCGGCGACCGUGCGCGGGGACCGGGUGCUGCUGCGUGGCGACGGGCCCCUGGCGCAGGGGAUCUCGAUCGCGGUGGACAAGGACCUGCAGUUCAGCCUCGGGGACACCCUGGACGAAGCCGUGGACUUCCCGUAUUGCCUGCUGGAGGUGGCCAGCGACAGCGGCGAGGUCUCUGGCGACUGGCUCGAGGAGCUGCGCAGGUACGGCGCCAUGCGCAGCGUCGAGGGCUUCAGCAUCGGCGCUCACGCGGUGGCGGCGCUGCACAAGGACGAGGUGAAGCCGCCGGACUGGUACCAGAACUUCGCCUCCAUCGAGACCUCCGUGCCGCCCGAGACAUGGGGCCUCAAGCUGGAGGUCCGCCGGAGCACCAGCACGCACCACGCGGGUGCCCUUGCCGCCGUGCCCGCCUCCAAGCCUGCCCCCGCCGCGCCCAAGCCGCCGCAGCCGCCGCCGGCGGCCCUCUCCGGGCCCGCGGUGCCGGUGGUGCAGGAGCAGAGCCUGGAGCCGAAGGACUUCCUGGCCUCCGAGAGGACCUUCCUGGAGUGGGUGAGCACGACGGUCAUGCUCGCCGUGAUGGGCAUCGGUCUGUGGAGGUACAGCCUCAGCCUCGGCGAAGCAGAGCCCGCUGUGGGCGGGCUGCUCAACGCCACCAGCUCGAGCGCCUACUCCCUGGGGUGCUACGGCCUCUUCAUGGUCCUCGUGGCGCUCGGCUUCAUGUGGUGGGCCGUGUUCGUCCACCUUUCGCGCGUCAAGGCCGUUGAGGCCGGGAAGGCGCCCGAGUCCAUCUUCAACAGCCCGAACGCCCCGACGGUAUUCGCCGCUGCCGUGUGCACUACGCUGGUCGCCCAGAUGGCAGUGAAGGCCGUCCCGCUGUUCACCGCCGUGUUCGCAGGGUCCAGCGGCGACUCCUCCUGAGUUGGCCAGGACAGGUCAUUAGUGUAGUUAUCGUUUUACACGCGUUGGCAUUUCGUAUCCUGGCAGCGGAGGCACGGAGAGCAGCGCUCGCUCCAUCCCGCAGUAGCCAGGCAGCGUCUCAGCUCACCAGCCAUGGCUCAUCGCCGCCCCAUGCCGGCAGCCCGCAACUCCUGCAGUGAAGUGCCAUGCUGGGGCCCCAAUCUCCAUUGACACGGGGACAUUGCCACCCUACCCACGAUGCAGCCAGGGGGCAGACCCCCCUUGCGGAAACAAGAA